CGAGGUGCGCGCGCCCGCGCCGAUGUGUGUGAGUGCGUGUCCUGCUUGCUCCAUGUUGCCGCCUCUCCCGGUACCUGCUGCUGCUGCUCCCGGGGUUGCGGGCGAUGCUAGAGGCUGAGCCGGGGAGGAGGAACCCGAGCAGCAGCAGCGGCGGCGGCGGCCGCGGCGGCGGCGGCGGCGGGAGGAGCCCCCCAGGAGGAGGACCGGGAUCCAUGUGUCUUUCCUGGUGACUAGGAUGUCGUCGGAGGAGGACAAGAGCGCGGAGCAGCCGCAGCCGCCGCCACCACCCCCCGAGGAGCCCGGAGCCCCGGCCCCGAGCCCCGCAGCCGCAGACAAAAGACCUCGGGGCCGGCCUCGCAAAGAUGGCGCUUCCCCUUUCCAGAGAGCCAGAAAGAAGCCUCGGAGUAGAGGAAAAACUGCAGUGGAAGAUGAGGAUAGCAUGGACGGGCUGGAGACAGCAGAAGCAGAAAGUGUUGUGGAAACAGCAGAGAUCAAAGAGCAGUCUGCGGAAGAGGAUGCGGAAGCCGAGGCGGACGGCAGCAAGCGGCCCGCCCCGGCCCUGCAGCGCUCGGUGUCUGAGGAGUCGGCCAGCUCCCUGGUCUCCAUUGGUGUCGAAGCCAAGAUCAGUGAACGGCUCUGCGUGUUUUGUUACUGUGGUGAAAAAAGUUCCCUGGGACAAGGAGACCUGCAGCAGUUUAGGGCAGCGCCCGGGCUGGCCCUGCCGUGGAGGAGCCAGCCUUCCCGCCGGAAGGACGCGGACGACAGCAGCGGCGGGGCCUGUGAGAGGACACCGACCGCAGCGCCGCGGAAGCAGAGGGGCCAGAGAAAAGAGCGGCCGUCUUCACAGAACGCAGUGUCCUACGUCAGCGUCAGCACGCAGACCGCUUCCGAGGACCAGGCCGGGAGGGUCUGGGACGAGCUCGGCCUGGUCGGCCUGCCGGAUGCCGUUGACGUCCAAGCCUUAUUUGAUCCCACAGGCACGUGUUGGGCUCAUCACCGCUGUGUGGAGUGGUCGCUGGGAGUGGGCCAGAUGGAAGAACCGUUGUUAGUGAACGUGGACAAAGCUGUUGUCUCAGGGAGCACAGAACGAUGUGCAUUUUGUAAGCACCUUGGAGCCACUGUCAAAUGCUGUGAAGAGAAAUGCGCCCGGAGGUACCACUACCCUUGUGCCGUGGGGGCCGGCACCUUCCAGGACGCCGGCCGCUUCCUCCUCCUCUGCCCAGAGCACGCCGACCAGGCUCCCGAGAGAUCAAAGGAAGAUGCAAACUGUGCAGUGUGCGACAGCCCGGGAGACCUCUUAGAUCAGUUCUUUUGUACUACUUGUGGGCAGCACUAUCAUGGAAUGUGCCUGGACAUAGCGGUUACUCCAUUAAAACGUGCAGGGUGGCAAUGUCCCGAGUGCAAGGUGUGCCAGAACUGCAAACAAUCGGGAGAAGAUAGCAAGAUGCUAGUGUGUGAUACGUGUGACAAAGGGUAUCAUACUUUUUGUCUUCAACCAGUUAUGAAAUCAGUACCAACCAAUGGCUGGAAAUGCAAAAAUUGCAGAAUAUGUGUCGAGUGCGGCACACGGUCUAGUUCUCAGUGGCACCACAAUUGCCUGGUAUGUGACAGUUGUUACCAGCAGCAGGAUAACUUAUGCCCUUUCUGUGGGAAGUGCUACAGCCCAGAAUUGCAGACAGACAUGCUGCAUUGUAAUAUGUGCAAAAGGUGGGUUCACCUGGAAUGUGACAAACCCGCGGAUCACGACCUGGACUCCCAGUUCAGAGAAGAGUAUGUCUGCACGUGUUGCAAACACUUGGCCGCAGAGAUGGGGCUGCAGCCAGGCGAGGGUGAGGAGAUGGCCGACGUCCCCGCAGAUUACACCAGCGAGAUGGACGUGGAAGGCCCCGAAGACCCACUGCCGUUUCCGGAGCGAGCCAGCAGCAGAGACGCCUGUGGCCGGGAGCCCGCCCCUGGAAUUGCUCCAGACGAAUCAUCUCAAGAUAAAAUGCAUCCUGAAUUGGAAAAUCAGAUAUCUCAUGCAGUUGAUAAUUACCAAAUAGAAAUGUCUUCUAAAAUGACACUUAUUUGUGAUGAAGAUCAAAAUGAAAACAAAAUGGAAGUGACAGAAAACAUGGAAGUCCUCGCGCACCCGGCCACGGUCCGAGAGGAGCUCCAGCCUCUAGAGGGCCCUAAAACAGCGGCAUCCACGGAAGAGCUGAGGCCUCCAAAAGUAGCCGCUGAGCCUGCCGCCGUCUCUCCAGACACCCUCAUGUCCCCGUGCGAGGAAAGCUCUCUAUGUUCUAAGAAACAGUUGGCUGUAGAAAGGGUACAAGAAGAAACAGAAAAGAAAGAAAAUCCCGAAUCUUCCACUGCCUUCAUGGACUUCGAAACGACUCCUGCAGCCGAGAGCUGUGUGAAGGAUGGUUUAUGCCAAGACAAAUCUGUAAAAUUGGCAUCGGGGACGGGGUCAUCAGUUCCAUCGGCAGCGGACAGGAGCAAGGCCCCCGCGUCUUCCCCCCCAGCCCGCCCCACAGAAUUGCCUUCCCAUGACAUGCUGCACGGUUACCCCUCGGCGCUCAGUGCUUCUGUUGGAAACAUCAUGCCCACCACGUACUUCUCAGUCACUCCAAAAAUUGGCAUGGGUAAACCAGCUAUUACCAAAAGGAAAUUUUCUCCGGGUAGACCUCGAUCCAAACAGGGGGCUUGGAGCGCCCACAACACAGUGAGCCCGCCUUCCUGGGCCCCAGGCAUUUCAGAAGGCCGGGACAUUUUUAAGCCCAGGCAGCUUCCUGGCAGUGCCGUUUGGAGCAUCAAAGUGGGCCGCGGGUCGGGCUUCCCCGGAAAGCGGCGGCCGCGGGGCGCAGGGCUGUCCGGCCGUGGCGGCAGAGGCCGGUCCAAGCUGAAGAGCGGCAUCGGCGCCGUGGUGCUGCCUGGGGUGUCUGCUGCCGAUAUUUCAUCAAAUAAGGAUGAAGAAGAAAACUCCAUGCACAAUACAGUUGUGCUGUUUUCCAGUAGCGACAAGUUCACUUUGCAUCAGGAUAUGUGUGUAGUCUGUGGCAGUUUUGGCCAAGGAGCAGAGGGGAGAUUACUUGCCUGUUCUCAGUGUGGUCAGUGUUACCAUCCGUACUGUGUCAGUAUUAAGAUCACGAAGGUGGUUCUCAGCAAAGGCUGGCGGUGUCUGGAGUGCACGGUGUGCGAGGCCUGUGGGAAGGCCACCGACCCAGGGCGGCUGCUGCUGUGCGAUGACUGCGACAUCAGCUACCACACCUAUUGCCUGGACCCGCCCUUGCAGACCGUCCCCAAAGGGGGCUGGAAGUGCAAAUGGUGCGUGUGGUGCCGGCACUGCGGGGCCACGUCAGCGGGCCUGCGGUGCGAGUGGCAGAACAACUACACGCAGUGCGCCCCGUGCGCCAGCCUGUCGGCCUGCCCCGCCUGCCUCCGCAGCUACCGGGAGGAGGACCUCAUCCUGCAGUGCAGGCAGUGCGACAGAUGGAUGCAUGCAGUUUGUCAAAACUUAAACACGGAAGAGGAAGUGGAGAGCGCGGCAGACGUCGGCUUUGACUGCAGCAUGUGCGGGCCCUACAUGCCCACGCCAAACGUGCCUUCCUCAGACUGCUGCGACUCCUCCCUCGCGGUGCAGACCCUCACGAAGGUGAAAGAGCUGGACCCACCCAAGACCUACACCCAGGACGGUGUGUGCCUGACCGAGUCGGGGAUGACUCAGCUCCAGAGCCUCAUAGCCACAGCCCCAAGGAGAAAGCGGUCUAAACCAAAGCUGAAACUGAAGAUCAUAAACCAGAACAGCGUGGCCGUCCUGCAGACCCCGCCGGACAUCCAGUCUGAGCACUCACGGGACGGCGAAAUGGACGAUAGUCGAGAAGGUGAACUUAUGGAUUGUGAUGGAAAGUCAGAAUCUAGUCCCGAGCGGGAAGCUGCAGAUGAGGAAGCCAAGGGCGUAGAAGGAACAGACGGUGUCAAAAAGAGGAAAAGGAAGCCCUACCGGCCAGGCAUUGGUGGAUUUAUGGUACGGCAAAGAAGUCGAACCGGGCAAGGAAAAGCCAAAAGAUCUGUGAUCAGGAAAGACUCCUCGGGCUCGGUUUCUGAGCACUUCCCUGGCAGAGACGACGGCUGGAGUGAACAGUUACCAGAUGCUCUGGCUGAUGACUCCGCGUCUGUUACUGAAAACACUGAAAAAAUAAAGAAGAGAUACCGGAAAAGGAAAAACAAGCUUGAAGAAACGUUCCCUGCCUAUUUACAAGAAGCUUUCUUUGGAAAAGAUCUCCUAGAUACAAGUAGACAAAACAAACUAAGCUUGGAUAAUCUGUCAGAAGACACAGCUCCGCUCAUGUAUAAAGCAAACGUGAACACGCACUUCCUGGACACCUCCUUAGACCCGCUGCUUAGCUCCUCCUCAGCCCCAGCAAAGCCGGGAGCUCAUGGUACCGCUGACGACCCCUUAGCUGACAUAUCAGAAGUCUUAAACACAGAGGAUGACAUUCUGGGAAUAAUUUCGGAUGACCUUGCAAAAUCGGUCGACCACUCAGGUCUUGAUUUAUGCACUUUCCAGGUUGGCAGCUCACCUUUCCCGUUGGCUGGCAUCGAUAUCGGCCCCGCGGCCGACGGCCCGUCCUCUCUGCCUCAGCCGUCCGUCGGCCCGAGCUCACGGCCGUUAAGCGAGGAGCAGCUGGACGGCAUCCUUAGUCCCGAGCUGGACAAGAUGGUCACAGAUGGAGCAAUUCUUGGGAAGUUAUAUAAAAUUCCAGAGCUCGGCGGGAAGGACGUGGAAGACUUGUUCACGGCAGUGCUCAGCCCUGUGGCCGCUCAGCCUGCCGCGCUGGCACAGCCUCCCCCGCCCCCUGCAGCGCCGCUGAUGCCCAUGCAUGGCCAGGAUGUUUUUUCACGGAUGCCUCUCAUGAAUGGCCUCAUUGGACCCGGCCCUCACCUCCCACAUAACCCUCUGCCUCCUGGAAGCGGCCUGGGAGCGUUCUCCGCCAUGCCUCAGUCCCCUUACCCCGACGCCAGAGAUAAAAACGGAGCAUUUAAUCCAAUGGUGAGUGACCCCACCAGCUCUUGGGGCUCGGCAGCGCCCCCUGUGGAAGGGGAGAGCGACACCCUGUCCAAUGCCCAGAGGAGCACCCUCAAGUGGGAGAAGGAAGAGGCCCUGGGUGCGAUGGCCACCGUGGCGCCCGUGCUGUACACCAACGUCAACUUCCCCAGCCUCAAGGACGAGUUCCCCGACUGGACCACCAGAGUGAAACAGAUUGCUAAGUUGUGGAGAAAAGCAAGUUCACAGGAAAGAGCGCCAUACGUGCAAAAAGCCAGAGACAACAGAGCUGCCUUGCGCAUUAACAAAGUGCAGAUGUCAAAUGACUCCCUGCGGCGGCAGCAGCACCAGGACAGCGCGGACCCUGGCUCUCGGGCAGACUCGGAGCUCUUCAAGGACCCUCUGAAGCAGCGGGAGUCGGAGCACGAGCAGGAGUGGAAGUUCCGACAGCAAAUGCGCCAGAAGAGUAAGCAGCAGGCGAAGAUCGAAGCCUCCCAGAAGCUCGAGCAGGUGAAGAGCGAGCAGCAGCAGCUGCAGCAGUCGGGGUCGCAGCCUCUGCCGGUGCCGUCCGGCUCAGACACGCCGAGCAGCGGGAUGCAGAGCCCCUCCACCCCUCAGCCCGGCAGCGGAAGCUUGUCUCCUGCACAGUCAUUCCAUAAAGACCUGUUUACAAAACCGCUCCCCGGCACCCCCACGUCUGCGUCGGCCGAUGACGUCUUUGUGAAGCCACAGGCCCCGCCUCCUCCCGCCACCCCGUCCCGGGCCCCUCUCCAGGAGAGCCUGCCGCCCGCCCAGCCGCCCUCCCCGCAGGUGUUCCCGCCUGGCCCCCCCAACUCCCGACCGCCGUCUCCAGCGGACCCUUAUGCGAAAAUGGUUGGUACCCCAAGGCCGCUUCCGGGGGGCCAUGGCUUUUCCAGAAGAACUGCUGCGGGCCCGGUGGAAAGCUGUGCAUCUCUGUCCUCAGGACCGAGGCCCGCUCAGGUGGGCGAGAACACAGCCAGGCGGCCGUCCCCCAUCAGAGAGUGCGGUUCUUCCUCCUCCUCGACAAGUAGCGACCCCUAUGCAAAGCCUCCGGACACGCCCCGGCCGGUGGCGGCAGAACCGGGCCCCAAGCCCCUGGGCCUGCCCCACCCUCCAGUCGUCUCAGAGCAAACCGCCAAAGGUCCUCUGGCAGCUGCCCCCAACGACCCCUUCACGAAGCCAUCUCCGCGGACAGACGCGUUUCAAAGGCAGCGGAUCCCUGACCCGUACGCACGGCCCUUGCUGACGCCCGCACCUCUGGAUAGUGGUCCUGGGCCUUUUAAGACUCCGAUGCAGCCUCCUCCGCCCUCUCAGGACCCCUACGGGCCUGGCACGCAGGCACCUAGGCGCCUGCCCGUGGACCCUUACGACAGGCCUGCCCUGACGCCCAGGCCCGCGGACAGCUUCUCUCCGAGCCAGUCCAGCGACCCGUACGGCCAGCCGCCCCUCGCCCCGCACCCGGCCAUGGCCGAGGCUUUUGCCCACCCCUCCAGGGCCUUUCCCCCGCCCGGAGCCACGUCGAGGCCGACGUCUCAGGACCCGUACUCUCAGCCCUCAGGACCACCUCGCUCCAACCCAGACCCUUAUUCUCAGCCCCCUGGCACCCCCCGACCCCCCACGAUUGACCCUUACAGUCAGCAGCCGCCGACCCCGAGGCCACCGACCCAGGCAGACUUGUUCGUCGCGCCUGCAACCAGUCAGAGGCACCCUGACCCAUACGCUCAUCCUCCUGGAACACCAAGACCCGGAGUUUCUGUUUUUUACUCUCAGCCACCAGCAACCCCAAGGCCAAGGGUUUCCGAGGGUUUUACUCGGUCGUCAAUGACAAGACCUGUCCUCAUGUCAAGUCAGGAUGCAUUCCUGCAGGCAGCGCAGAGCCGGGGCGUGGCUUUACCUGGCCCAGCGGGGAGGCCACCCGAUACCUGUUCCCAAACACCCGGGCCGCCUGGACCGGGCCUGGCGGACGCCUUCAGCCGCGUCUCCCCCUCUGCUGCUCGGGACCCCUAUGACCAGCCCCCCAUGACUCCAAGGUCUCAGGCUGACGCUUUCGGGACAAGUCCAGUUGCUCCUGAUACUGCUGACCAGCCUCGGCCCGGGUCCGAGGGGAACUUCAGUGCCCCUCCCAAUGCCCCCAUGAACUCUCAAGGCCCACAGUUUCCCAGUGUCUCCCAGCUUCCUGGCCCCACACCAGCCUCAGGGGCCGCCGAGACCCAGGGCACCGUCAACAUGUCUCAGGCGGACACAGAGAAGCUGAGACAGCGGCAGAAGUUGCGUGAAAUGAUUCUGCAGCAGCAGCAGCAGAAGAAGAUGGCAGGUCGGCAGGAGAAGGGGCCGCCGGGCCCGGCCGCUGCGCCGCCUCCCCUGCAGCGCUGGCAGCCCGAGGGCAACAGCCCCGCUUUCAGCAGGCCCCCGCCCCCCUACCCUGGGGGCCUCCGGUCGGCCGUCAUCCCUGCGCUGGGGCCGAGGUACCCUGUCUUCCCAAAAGAUCCGCGUGGACCCUACACCCCUGAUGUUACUGGUAUGGGGAUGCGACCUCAUGGAUUCAGGUUUGGGUUCCCAGGAGGCGGUCACGCCCCGCUGUCCGGGCAGGAGCGCUUCCUCGUGCCGCCUCAGCAGAUGCCAGGCCCUGCAGGCCCCCCGCAGCUGAGAAGGUCGAUGUCCGUGGAUGUGCCCAGGCCCGUGGCCACCCCGCAGAUGGGCAGUCCGGUUGGGCUUGCACAGCACUUCCCUCCGCAGAGCCUGCCUGUCCAGCAGCAUAACAUCCUGGGCCAGGCGUUCAUUGAGCUGAGACACAGGGCCCCCGAGGGGAGGCCUCGGCUGCCCUUCGCUGCUCCUCCUGGCGGCGCACUAGAGGGCCCCCCGCCCCCGAGGCAUGGGGCCUUCCUGCCCCGGCCGGACCUGGCAGGCCCCCGGCACGCUGACACCCUGAGACGGCCUCCCCAAGGUCUACCUCAUCCGCCACCUGUGCAUCCCAGUCUGGACCAGGUGCCGCCGCCUCGCCCGGAGCAGGGGCAUCCUGUCCACUCAUCUCUGGUCAUGAGGUCGCUGGGUCAGCCCUUAGGUGGCGAAUUUUCAGAGACUCCUUUGUCAGCGUCGACACCAGCUGAAACACCAUCUGAUCAUUUACAGGCACCUGCCCAGCCUGCGGAUGGUCUUGAAGAAAAACUUGAUUCUGAUGACCCAUCUGUAAAAGAACUAGAUGUUAAAGACCUUGAGGGGGUUGAAGUCAAAGACUUGGAUGAUGAAGAUCUUGAAAACUUAAAUCUAGAUGCAGAGGACGGCAAGGGCGAUGAAUUGGAUACUUUAGGGAACUUAGAGACGAACGAUCCCAACCUGGAUGACCUCUUGCGGUCGGGAGAAUUCGAUAUCAUUGCAUAUACAGACCCAGAGCUGGACCUCGGAGAUAAGAAAAGCAUGUUCAACGAGGAACUCGACCUGAACGUCCCAGUGGAGGACAAGUUAGACAGUCAGUGUGUAUCUACUGAACCAAAAAAAAAGGAGCAGAAAGAUGAAACUGGGGGGCCUCCUGAUAAACCUUCUCCAUGGAGAAAAUCCACCGCUGCCAGCGACAUCAAGACAGAAGUCCCGUCCCCACCUUCUAAAGGGGAAGCCAAAUGUGAAGGUGACAACAGCGAGGAGGGUAAAGGCCACGGUGACACGCCCUGCUCCCAGGCUGCCGCCCCCCCAGAGGGCGGCGACGGGGCGGAUGCGGCUCCUCCGCAGCCCCGUGAAGCCGAGCCCCCGGACAGAAGGCCUCAGCGUGAGUCUGCGGCCUGCGUCGCCGGCGGCGCCCAGGGGCCCCCUCCGUUGCCUGCUGAAGACGCAGUCAAUUCUUGCGGCGCAACUGGGGCGGCGCCUGUCCUUUCUAGUUUACUUGCUAACGAAAAACCGGAUAACUCAGACCUGCGGCCGUUGGGGUCUCCACCACCAACCCUGCCAGCCUCGCCCUCUGGUCAUGUGUCCAGUUUGCCGCCGCCUCUCCUGACGCCGCCUGGCCCUGUUCUGGAGAGUGCCAUGAACGCCAGCAUGACAGCGGGCCCGCGGGCAGGCCAUGCCUUCCCCCCGGGCGCGCAGGUAAAUCCAGGGUUCCUUCAGGGCCCGUCCGCAGCCACCCACGGUUUCGGGACAGGGACACCUGCAAACCAAACCAUGCCUCAUCCGAGCCAGCCUGGGCCGCAGCCGCUGAUGGCCCCCCCAGCGCUGGCCCAGCAGGGCAGAGAGAGGCCCCUGCUCCUGGAGGAGCAGCCGCUCCUGCUGCAGGACCUGCUGGACCAAGAGAGGCAGGAGCAGCAGCAGCAGAGGCAGAUGCAGGCCAUGAUCCGGCAGCGGUCGGAGCCCUUCUUCCCCAACAUCGAUUUUGACGCAAUUACAGAUCCAAUAAUGAAAGCCAAAAUGGUGGCCCUUAAAGGCAUCAAUAAAGUCAUGGCGCAGAACAAUAUGGGCAUGCCACCAAUGGCUAUGAGCAGGUUCCCUUUCCCGGGCCAGUCGCUGCCUGGGGCUCAGACAGGCGAAGGCCAGGCUCUCCUGCCGCAGGCCAUUCCACAGGAUGGCAGUAUAACACAUCAGCUUUCUAGGCCUAAUCCUCCAAAUUUUGGUCCAGGCUUUGUCAAUGACUCGCAGCGCAAGCAGUAUGAAGAGUGGCUUCAGGAGACCCAGCAGCUGCUUCAGAUGCAGCAGAAGUACCUCGAGGAGCAAAUCGGCGCACACAGAAAAUCCAAGAAGGCGCUCUCUGCCAAGCAGCGCACCGCCAAGAAGGCCGGGCGCGAGUUCCCGGAGGAGGACGCCGAGCAGCUCAAGCAUGUGACAGAGCAGCAGAGCAUGGUGCAGAAGCAGCUGGAGCAGAUCCGCAAGCAGCAGAAGGAGCACGCGGAGCUGAUGGAGGACUACCGCCUGAAGCAGCAGCAGUGCGCCCGGGCCCCACCCCCGCCACCUCUGGGUGCGGGGGCCGCCCCGCCCGUCCUCGGCCAGCCCGGCUUCCCCCUGGUGGCCCAGCCGCUGCCGCACACGCACACAACCGUCGCUCCGGGCCAUGCCGGCCCCGCGCGGAUGCCCAGCCUACCAGGAUGGCAGCCUCCCGGCGCCCCUGCUCACCUCUCCCUCAACCCUGCCCGGAUUCCACCUACAGUGCCCCAGUUACCAGCAAAAGCUUGCCCGCCAGCCCCGGGGACGGUUCCCACUGCAAACGCACAGAGCGGCCCGCCUCCGCGGGUGGAGUUUGAUGACAACAACCCUUUCAGCGAAAGUUUCCAAGAGCGGGAGCGGAAGGAGCGUCUCCGAGAACAGCAGGAGAGGCAGCGGAUCCAGCUGCUGCAGGAAGUGGACCGCCAGCGCGCCCUGCAGCAGAGGAUGGAGAUGAGCGCGAGGCCGGCCGCGCCCCAGACCCCAUUCUACAGCCCUGACCUGCCGUGUGACUUCCUGCAGCCCCCGCGGCCCCUGCAGCAGUCUCCUCAGCACCAGCAGCAGGUGGGCCAGGUCCUACAGCAGCAGAGCACACGCGGGUCUGUUAAUUCACCCCCCGCUCCGACUUUCAUGCCGACCAAUGAGCGAAGGCAGCUAGGACCCCCCUCAUUUGUCCCGGACUCGCCGUCAAUUCCUGGCGGGAGCCCCAACUUCCACGCCAGCCAGCAGGUGCCUGGAGGUCUUCCCGGGGCCGGCUUCCCGCAGCCCCCCGUGAGGCCGCCCUUCACGCCCGCCUCGUCCACAGUUCCGCCGGGGGCCGGCAGCGGUCUCCCCUGUGGCCAGGACCCUGCUUUAGCCCACGGACAAGGCUACCCGGGCUCAGCCCAGUCUCUCAUUCAGCUCUACUCCGAUAUCAUCCCAGAGGAAAAGGGAAAAAAGAAAAGAACAAGAAAGAAGAAGAAAGAUGACGAUACGGAAUCCACCAAGGCGCCGUCCACACCGCACUCGGACAUAACUGCCCCACCGACCCCGAGUGUCUCUGAAGCUACCUCCACGCCCAGCGUGCACACGCCCAGCGAGCUCCCCCCACAAGGAGAGCCCGAGCCGGGGGAGGCGGGCGGCCCAUUGGCUCCUAGUGCGGCAGCAGGCCAGCCGCGCACUGAACUGGGAAGCAGCCUGCCCACCAGUGAGUCCUCCCAGGGAGCUCCGCCUCACCAGACUUUCGCCACCACAGAGGUGGACAGGAGGCCCCCGGACACCCCUGCCACGGCCGAAGUGGACAACCCGGAGGUGGCCGAGCCAGAGCAGGGCCCAGGCCAUGAGGGGCCUCCGCCAGAGGGACACACUGGGAGCCAGGCUGCCGAAAUGGCUGCAGCCUGUCCCGCCUCCUCGGGGGAGAGCCCUCCCCUCCCUGCCGCGGCCCCUGCUGCCAAAGGAGAUGCCGGCAAUGAGCUGCUGAAGCACCUGCUGAAAAACAAGAAGGCGGCUGCCCUUGCGAACCAGAAGCCCGAGGGCUCUUUCUGCUCAGAAGACGACUGCGCAAAGGACAGCAAGCCAGUGGAGAGGACGAGCCCAGCAGAAGGGCAGCAAACUCUGGGGGCUCAAGUGCAAGGUGGUUUUGGAUGUGGCAACAACCAGCUGCCAAAAGCAGAUGGAGGAGGUGACACCAAGAAACAGCGAAGCAAACGGACGCAGAGGACAGGGGAGAAGGCAGCUCCUCGCUCAAAGAAACGGAGAAAGGAUGAGGAGGAGAAGCAAGCCGUGUACUCAACCCCGGACACCUUCACCCACCUGAAACAGCAGCUCUCUCUGCUCCCUCUAAUGGAACCAAUCAUUGGAGUGAACUUUGCGCACUUUCUUCCUUAUGGCAGUGGCCAAUUUAAUAGUGGGAACCGACUUCUAGGAGCUUUUGGCAGUGCUACCCUUGACGGGGUUUCGGAUUACUAUUCUCAGUUGAUCUACAAGCAGAAUAAUUUAAGUAAUCCUCCAACACCCCCUGCCUCUCUUCCUCCUACACCACCUCCUAUGGCUUGUCAGAAGAUGGCCAAUGGCUUUGCGACGACUGAGGAACUUGCUGGAAAAGCCGGAGUGUUAGUGGCCCACGAAGUUACCAAAGGUCUAGGACCUAAACAAUUUCCGCUGCCCUUCCGGCCCCAGGACGACUUGCUGGCCAGAGCCCUCGCUCAGGGCCCGAAGACGGUCGAUGUCCCAGCCUCCCUCCCCACACCCCCUCACAACAACCAGGAGGAGCUGAGGCUGCAGGACCACGGUGGUGACCGGGACACUCCCGACAGCUUUGUCCCUUCGUCCUCCCCCGAGAGUGUGGUGGGGGCGGAAGUGCGCAGAUACCCAGACUUGUCGUCGGUCAAGGAGGAGCCCCCGGAGCCCGUGCCGUCCCCUGUCAUCCCCAUCCUCCCCAGCACCGCCGGCAGAGGGCCGGAGUCCAGGCGGGGCGACAUCAAAGCUGAGCCAGGCGCCUCCUUGUUCCCGCCGCCGUUCGGGCCCCCGCCCAACGGCCCCCGGUCGGGUCUCAUAUCUGUGGCCAUCACUCUGCAUCCGACAGCUGCUGAGAACAUUAGCAGCGUCGUGGCUGCGUUUUCCGACCUGCUUCACGUCCGAAUCCCUAACAGCUAUGAGGUUAGUAACGCUCCAGACGGUCCGUCCGUGGGUUUGGUCAAUAGCCACAGAGUAAACCCGGGUUUGGAGUAUCGACAGCAUUUAUUUCUCCGUGGGCCUCCACCAGGAUCUGCGACCCCCCCCAGAUUAACAAGCUCAUACCGGCUGCAGCCGCCCAAUGUGCCACUUCCUCCAGCGAGCAAUGGUCUCUCUGGGUACAAGGAUGCCAGUCACCGUGUGGCAGAGGGCACGGCCCUCAGGGCCCAGUGGUGCUCUCACUGCAAGGUGGUCGUUCUUGGGAGCGGCGUGCGGAAGUCGUUCAGGGACCUGGCCUUCGGCAGCAAGGAUUCUCGCGAAAGCUCCAACAGAGUGGAAAAGGACAUUGUCUUCUGUAGCAAUAACUGCUUUAUUCUUUAUGCAUCAACCGCACAAGCAAAAACCUCGGAGAGCAAGGAGGCUGUUCCUUCGUUGCCACAGUCGCCUGUAAAAGAGUCGCCUUCCCGAGUGUUCCAUCAGUACAGCAACAACAUCUCCACGCUGGACGUGCACUGUCUCCCGCAGCUCCAGGAGGCGGCGUCCCCGCCGGCCUCGCCUCCCAUCACCUUCCCUCCUGCUUUUGAAGCAGCCAAAGUCGAGGCCAAGCCAGAUGAGCUCAAGGUCACAGUCAAGUUGAAGCCUCGGCUACGAACUGUCCACGGUGGGUUUGAGGACUGCAGGCCAAUCAACAAGAAGUGGAGAGGAAUGAAGUGGAAGAAGUGGAGCAUUCACAUCGUGAUCCCCAAGGGCACGUUCCAGCCGCCUUGUGAGGAUGAGAUCGACGAAUUCCUGAAGAAGCUGGGCACGUCCCUUAAACCCGACCCUGUGCCCAAAGACUACCGGAAGUGCUGUUUUUGUCACGAGGAGGGCGAUGGUUUGACUGAUGGGCCGGCAAGGCUGCUCAACCUUGACUUGGACCUGUGGGUCCACUUGAACUGCGCUCUGUGGUCCACAGAGGUCUAUGAGACCCAGGCUGGUGCCUUAAUCAAUGUGGAGCUGGCCCUGCGGCGAGGCCUGCACAUGAAGUGCGUCUUCUGUCACAAAAUGGGCGCCACCAGUGGCUGCCACAGACUGCGGUGCACCAACAUUUACCACUUUACCUGCGCCAUGAAAGCACAAUGCAUGUUUUUUAAGGAUAAAACUAUGCUUUGUCCCAUGCACAAACCAAAGGGAAUUCAUGAGCAGGAGCUGAACUACUUUGCGGUCUUCCGGAGGGUCUACGUGCAGCGGGACGAGGUGCGGCAGAUCGCCAGCAUCGUGCAGCGAGGCGAGCGCGACCACACCUUCCGCGUCGGGAGCCUCAUCUUCCACGCCAUCGGCCAGCUGCUCCCGCAGCAGAUGCAGGCGUUCCACUCCCCCAAGGCACUCUUCCCCGUGGGCUACGAGGCCAGCCGCCUGUACUGGAGCACACGCUACGCCAACCGGCGCUGCCGCUACCUGUGCUCGAUCGAGGAGAAGGACGGGCGCCCUGUGUUUGUCGUCAGGGUCGUGGAGCAGGGCCACGAGGACCUCGUCCUGAGUGACUCCUCCCCCAAAGGUGUCUGGGAUAAAAUUCUGGAGCCUGUGGCAUGUGUGAGGAAAAAGUCUGACAUGCUCCAGCUUUUCCCAGCGUAUUUGAAAGGAGAGGACCUGUUCGGCCUGACCGUCUCAGCGGUGGCUCGGAUCGCGGAAUCACUGCCUGGGGCCGAGGCGUGCGAGAACUACACCUUCCGGUACGGCCGGAACCCCCUCAUGGAGCUGCCUCUGGCUGUCAACCCCACGGGCUGUGCCCGGUCCGAACCGAAGAUGAGUGCCCAUGUCAAGAGGUUUGUGUUAAGGCCGCACACCCUGAACAGCACCAGCACCUCCAAGUCCUUUCAGAGCACCGUCACCGGGGAGCUGAACGCCCCCUACAGCAAGCAGUUCGUCCACUCCAAGUCCUCGCAGUACCGGAAGAUGAAGACCGAGUGGAAGUCCAACGUGUACCUCGCCCGGUCGCGGAUUCAGGGGCUGGGCCUCUACGCCGCCAGAGACAUCGAGAAGCACACCAUGGUCAUUGAGUACAUCGGGACCAUCAUUCGGAACGAAGUGGCAAACAGAAAAGAGAAACUGUACGAGUCUCAGAACCGGGGCGUGUACAUGUUCCGCAUGGACAACGACCACGUGAUCGACGCGACGCUCACAGGAGGGCCUGCAAGAUACAUCAACCAUUCGUGCGCACCUAACUGUGUGGCUGAAGUGGUGACGUUUGAGAGAGGACACAAAAUCAUCAUCAGCUCCAGCCGGAGGAUCCAGAAGGGAGAGGAGCUGUGCUAUGACUAUAAGUUCGACUUUGAAGACGACCAGCACAAGAUCCCCUGCCACUGCGGGGCCGUGAACUGCCGCAAGUGGAUGAACUGAACGCAUUCCUUGCCUUCUCGGCG